AUGUUCUCCCCGAAGUCCUCUGUCCACGGCCCGGGCAGGCAUGAGUCCUCCCGGGGCCCCUCAGAGGAGAUCCGCCUGGAGGAGUGUGGAUGUGAGCCCGACUGCACCUGCAGCCUGCACCCCGGGAACAGGCGCCCAAGUCCCGCAGAGCAGCAGGUACAGCCCGGGGGACGCUCUGGAGGAUUCCCUCUGAUCCCCGCCGUCAUCCACUCCAUCGCCCGGAGGUGCUACUACAACGACAAGUGCUGGGUCAGCUCUGACACCUCCCUGCUGUACAUCAUCCAUGGACCCAUCUGCGCCGCGCUGGUGGUGAACUUGUUCUUCCUGCUGAACAUUGUGCGGGUCCUGAUCACGAAGCUCCGUGUGACGCACCAGGCCGAGUCCAGCCUCUACAUGCGAGCGGUCCGGGCCACCCUCAUCCUCAUCCCACUCCUGGGCAUCCAGUUUGUGCUGCUGCCCUACAAGCCCCAGGAGCAGCACGUGGCCGAGGUCUAUCUCUACGUCAUGGAGAUCCUCAUGCACUACCAGGGUCUGCUGGUCUCCACCAUCUUCUGCUUCUUCAACGGAGAGGUAAGGUCCCAGAAAACGUCCUACGCAGGACACUGGAGCCAGCAGAGGAUGCAGUUGGCUGGGACCUUCGCCAACGCAGACUUCUUCAGGUCGGCGUCCUACGUGGCCUCGUCCCUGACCGAGGUGCACCGCUGCUACAGCAUCGAGAGCCACACGGAGACCAUCAACGGCAAGAGCUACUCCGACAUCUUCAGGUCCGACAGCCCCUUCGUGUGA